AUCGUGAAUCGUGAGUUUUCAUAUUUUCACAAUUUAGAAAUAGAUAAAUUAAAAUAUAAAUAAAAUGUCUGAAGAAGCUGGAAACUGGUGUUUAAUAGAAAGUGAUCCUGGUGUAUUUACUGAACUCAUAAAAGAAUUCGGAUGCAAGGGGGUACAAGUCGAAGAAAUUUGGUCAUUGGAUGACGAGCAGUUUGAUAAUUUAAAACCUGUACAUGGUUUAAUAUUUUUAUUCAAAUGGAUUCAAGAUGACUCGCCUUCUGGCUCAAUUGUACAUGAUGGUAGACUCGAUAAAAUAUUCUUUGCAAAACAGGUGAUCAACAAUGCAUGUGCAACCCAAGCAAUUCUAAGUCUUCUUUUAAAUUGCAAGCACUCCGACUUAACAUUAGGCCCCACACUGACAGAAUUCAGAGACUUUUGUCAAUCCUUCGAUCCACAUCUCAAAGGAUUAACACUGAGCAAUUCUCAAACAAUUCGUACAGUGCAUAAUUCAUUCGCUAGACAGACCCUAUUCGAAUUUGACCCCAAAACAGCCUCAAAGGAUGAUGAUGUCUAUCACUUCAUAGGAUAUAUUCCUAUAGAAGGCCGAGUUUAUGAAUUAGAUGGCUUAAAAGAUGGCCCAAUUGAUUUGGGGCCUGUAGCAAGUAAUCAAGACUGGUUAGAUGUUGUAAGACCCAUUAUAGAGAAGAGGAUUAACAAAUACAAUGCUGGUGAGAUCCACUUCAACCUCAUGGCUCUAGUAUCGGACAGAAAAAUGAUCUACGAAAGGAAGAUCUCAAUGUUACAAAAACAAAUGGAAGAGAGUGGUAUGGAGACAGAUGAUGCACAAUCUGAAAUAACCCGACUGAAAAUGCUAAUAGAAGAAGAGGAAGCAAAGAUAAAACGCUACCAGAUAGAAAAUAUAAGAAGAAAACAUAAUUAUCUUCCAUUGAUUGUAGAGUUAUUGAAAAUGUUGGCAGCUGACGGUCAGUUGAUGCCUCUAUAUGAGAAAGCGAAGAAACGUGCUAUGGAAAGGGAUGCCGCGAAGAGCAAGUCGUAGGGAAUGGAUGA